AGAUCUCCAACACACCAUACAAUUCUCCUUCCCGAAAUAGAAAGCGAGUAUCAUCUACGGUGGCAGAUUGUCCCGACAAUGACAGUAUUUUUAAUCACCGUACAAUCAAUUUAAUGGACGUUAGAGAAAAAUAUUCCAUUUGCAAUGGUUUUCUUUUAGUUUGUUUCUCAAAGUGUACGUUGGAAUUUAAAAACUAAAGUGGAGAAUUGGGUUUUGGAAUGAAGAAAAGAAGGUGAUUGAUUGUGUUCUAGGGUUUCAGUAGAAGAAAUGAAGUUUUCUGGGUUUCGUCAUUGUCAGGAAUUGAUUAGCGUUAUCAGAUCGAAGCCGAAGGAGGAGCUGGAUUAUUGUAGGGUUUUAGAACCUGAAUCUCUAAGGUUUUUAUAUUAGGAAAAAAAUUGAACUUUUGAAGGUUUUUCUGGCUAUUGGAAUUGAUUAGGGUUCUUCUUGGUGGACGAAGGAGAUGGGAGAAUCUGCAGAGGAGCAGAGUGUGCUUGAUGCCACUCGUGCUAUAGUGUUUAAGCAGUCGGAGCUACUUGAUGGCAAGUUUGAGAAAAUCAGUGGCUACGAUUUCAACAAUGGAGUUGAUUAUGAGAAGCUUCUUGGUUCGAUGAUCACAACUGGUUUUCAAGCCUCGAAUUUAGGCGAAGCCAUCUCCACUGUGAAUCAAAUGUUAGAUUGGAGGCUGAGCGAUGAAGAGCCAUCUGAAGACUGUAAUGGAAAGGAAACAGAUUUGGAGUACAGGAAGUCAGUUAAGUGUAAGGUGUUCCUAGGUUUCACCUCCAAUCUCAUAUCUUCUGGUGUUCGGGAAACAGUCAGGUUUCUUGCAGAGCAUAAAAUGGUAGAUGUGAUGGUUACCACUGCUGGCGGGAUUGAAGAAGACAUUAUUAAAUGUCUUGCACCGACUUUCAGUGGUGAGUUUUCUCUUCCCGGAGCGUAUCUAAGGUCAAAGGGAUUGAACCGCAUUGGUAAUUUGCUGGUUCCUAAUGACAACUACUGCAAAUUCGAAAAUUGGAUCAUCCCGCUUUUUCAGCAAAUGUUGAAGGAGCAAUCUGAAAAGAGUGUGGUUUGGACCCCUUCAAAGGUAAUUGCCCGUCUUGGUCAAGAAAUUAAUGAUCCAAGUUCAUACUUGUACUGGGCUUACAAGAACAAUAUUCCUGUCUUCUGCCCCGCUUUAACUGAUGGUUCAUUGGGAGACAUGCUCUACUUCCACUCAGCCCGUAAUCCUGGUCUAGUUAUUGACAUUGUGCAAGAUAUAGGAGCCAUUAACAGGGAAGCUGUCCAUGCAAAAAAGACAGGCAUGAUUAUUCUUGGAGGUGGGUUACCAAAGCAUCACAUUUACAAUGCCAAUCUGAUGCGAAAUGGUGCGGAUUUUGCUGUGUUAAUCAACACUGCACAGGAAUUUGAUGGGAGUGACUCAGGAGCUCGUCCUGAUGAAGCUGUUUCUUGGGGGAAGAUCCGAGGGUCUGCAAAAGCUGUAAAAGUGCAUUGUGAUGCAACUAUUGCUUUCCCUUUGCUGGUGGCUGAAACAUUUGCGAAAAGGUUCAAGAGAUCUGAUGAGUAAUUUCCAAAGGAUCACCGAUGGAAGCUGUAAUUGCUUGAUUUUUUCUUUUGGAACUGAGACAAUGGUGAGGGUCUUUUUAAUUAUUAUCCUUUCCUAUUUGAAUCUUCGAUUAGUGGAUCAUGUACUUAACGUGGUAUUGUGAACCUAACGACGCAGAUUCUUCUCUUCUUUUUUUUUGCCCCCUCAUUGCAUCAUGAAAUUUAAUUAUCCAUGAGUAAUCGAGCUGCAUGGCACUUGUCAUUCAGACUUCAGAAUA